UCCAUGGAGCUCCGCCGCCGUUUCUGAUGCCCGGCCCGGAGCGCACCAUGGGGCCGUUGUGGUUCUGCUGUUUGCCCCUCGCCCUCUUGCCUCUUCUCGCCGCCGUGGAAGAGACACUGAUGGACUCCACAACAGCCACGGCAGAGCUGGGCUGGAUGGUGCAUCCUCCCUCAGGGUGGGAAGAGGUGAGUGGAUACGAUGAGAACAUGAACACCAUCCGCACCUACCAGGUGUGCAACGUCUUUGAAUCCAGCCAGAACAACUGGCUGCGGACCAAGUACAUCCGGAGGCGAGGAGCGCACCGCAUCCACGUGGAGAUGAAAUUCUCCGUUCGGGACUGCAGCAGCAUCCCCAACGUCCCGGGUUCCUGUAAGGAGACUUUUAAUCUCUAUUACUACGAAUCAGACUUUGACUCUGCCACCAAGACUUUUCCUAACUGGAUGGAAAACCCUUGGAUGAAGGUAGAUACAAUUGCUGCCGACGAGAGCUUCUCGCAGGUGGACCUUGGUGGGCGGGUGAUGAAGAUUAACACCGAGGUGCGCAGUUUUGGGCCUGUCUCCAAAAAUGGUUUCUACCUGGCCUUCCAGGACUAUGGGGGCUGCAUGUCCUUGAUUGCAGUCCGUGUCUUUUACCGCAAGUGUCCCCGUGUGAUCCAGAACGGGGCGGUCUUCCAGGAAACCCUUUCGGGAGCGGAGAGCACAUCUCUGGUGGCAGCUCGGGGGACGUGCAUCAGCAAUGCAGAGGAGGUGGAUGUGCCAAUCAAGCUGUACUGCAAUGGCGAUGGAGAGUGGCUGGUGCCCAUCGGCCGCUGCAUGUGCAGGCCAGGCUACGAGUCGGUGGAGAAUGGGACCGUCUGCAGAGGCUGCCCAUCAGGGACCUUCAAGGCCAGCCAAGGAGAUGAAGGAUGUGUCCAUUGUCCAAUUAACAGCCGGACGACUUCGGAAGGGGCCACGAACUGCGUGUGCCGGAAUGGAUAUUAUCGGGCAGAUGCUGACCCUGUCGACAUGCCCUGCACCACCAUCCCAUCUGCCCCCCAGUCUGUGAUCUCCAGCGUGAACGAAACCUCCCUGAUGCUGGAGUGGACCCCACCACGAGACUCAGGGGGCCGGGAGGAUCUGGUGUACAACAUCAUCUGCAAGAGCUGCGGGUCGGGCCGGGGGGCGUGCACACGCUGUGGGGACAAUGUGCAGUUUGCCCCACGCCAGCUGGGUCUGACAGAGCCUCGCAUCUACAUCAGCGACCUGCUGGCCCACACGCAGUACACCUUCGAAAUCCAGGCUGUGAAUGGCGUCACCGACCAAAGCCCCUUCUCCCCGCAGUUUGCAUCAGUGAAUAUCACCACCAACCAGGCUGCUCCUUCAGCUGUGUCCAUCAUGCACCAGGUCAGCCGCACUGUGGACAGCAUUACCCUCUCGUGGUCUCAACCUGACCAGCCCAACGGAGUCAUCCUGGAUUAUGAGCUACAAUAUUAUGAGAAGAACCUGAGUGAGUUAAAUUCAACAGCAGUGAAGAGUCCCACCAACACUGUGACGGUGCAAAACCUCAAGGCUGGCACAAUCUACGUCUUCCAAGUGCGAGCACGCACCGUGGCUGGGUACGGCCGGUAUAGUGGCAAGAUGUACUUCCAGACCAUGACUGAAGCCGAGUACCAGACCAGUGUCCAGGAGAAGCUGCCACUCAUCAUUGGCUCCUCUGCAGCAGGACUGGUGUUUCUCAUUGCUGUUGUUGUCAUCAUUAUUGUGUGCAACAGAAGACGGGGCUUUGAACGUGCCGACUCUGAGUACACCGACAAGCUGCAGCACUAUACCAGUGGCCACAGUACGUACCGUGGUCCCCCGCCAGCCCUGGGGGUCCGCUCUCUCUUCGUGACUCCAGGGAUGAAGAUUUAUAUUGAUCCAUUUACCUAUGAGGAUCCCAAUGAGGCUGUCAGGGAAUUUGCAAAAGAAAUUGAUAUCUCCUGUGUGAAAAUCGAGCAGGUGAUUGGGGCAGGGGAAUUUGGUGAGGUGUGCAGUGGGCAUCUCAAGCUUCCUGGCAAAAGAGAGAUCUUUGUGGCCAUCAAGACCCUGAAGUCUGGUUACACAGAGAAGCAGAGACGGGACUUCCUGAGUGAAGCCAGCAUCAUGGGGCAGUUUGACCACCCCAAUGUCAUCCACCUGGAGGGAGUGGUGACCAAGAGUUCCCCAGUCAUGAUCAUUACAGAGUUCAUGGAGAAUGGCUCUUUGGACUCCUUCUUGAGGCAAAAUGAUGGGCAGUUCACGGUGAUCCAGCUGGUGGGCAUGUUGCGUGGCAUUGCAGCAGGCAUGAAGUACCUAGCUGAUAUGAACUACGUGCACCGGGACCUGGCUGCCCGUAACAUCCUGGUCAACAGCAACCUGGUCUGCAAAGUGUCCGACUUCGGCCUCUCCCGUUUCCUGGAGGAUGACACCUCUGAUCCCACUUACACCAGUGCACUGGGUGGGAAGAUCCCAAUACGGUGGACAGCCCCUGAGGCAAUUCAAUACCGAAAAUUCACAUCAGCCAGUGAUGUGUGGAGCUAUGGAAUAGUCAUGUGGGAGGUGAUGUCCUACGGAGAGCGGCCUUACUGGGAUAUGACCAAUCAAGAUGUGAUAAAUGCUAUUGAGCAGGACUAUCGGCUGCCACCCCCUAUGGAUUGUCCAAAUGCCCUGCACCAGCUAAUGCUUGACUGUUGGCAGAAGGAUCGAAACCACAGACCCAAAUUUGGACAGAUUGUCAACACGUUAGACAAAAUGAUCCGAAAUCCUAAUAGUUUGAAAGCCAUGGCACCUCUCUCCUCUGGGGUUAACCUCCCUCUACUUGACCGCACAAUCCCAGAUUAUACCAGCUUCAACACUGUGGAUGAAUGGCUGGAUGCCAUCAAGAUGAGCCAGUACAAGGAGAGCUUUGCCAGUGCUGGCUUCACCACCUUUGAUAUAGUAUCUCAGAUGACUGUAGAGGACAUUCUACGAGUUGGGGUCACUUUAGCAGGACACCAGAAGAAAAUUCUGAACAGUAUCCAGGUGAUGAGAGCACAGAUGAACCAAAUUCAGUCUGUGGAGGUUUGAUAGCGACGUGCCCUCGUGCUCCACUUCCUUGAGGCCCUGCUCCCCUCUGCCCCUGUGUGUCUGAGCUCCAGUUCUUGAGUGUUCUGCGUGGAUCAGAGACAGGCAGCUGCUCUGAGGAUCAUGGCAACAGGAAGAAACGCCCUAUCGUCGACAACGAGAAGUCACCAAGAGGUGAAACAAUAGAAAACAAUGGAAAAAGGGAACAAGAAAAGACAGCUAUUUUGAAAACAAACAAACAGUGAAUUAUUUUUAAAUAAUAAUAAAGCAAUUGCAGUCUUGAAAAGGGCUCCAAGACCAAUGGGAGUCUUCAAAGGAAGAGAAUAGAGCAGCUUCAUCUAUUUCCUCUUGCACAAGGGUUGCUGCAGCUGGGCCCAGACACCUCUGGAGUUAUGAGACUUUUCAAGAAGACGAAUGCAAAGAAUGGUCACAAGAAGCACUUCUCUUUCUCACCUGGGAUGGCAGCUCUGGGAAUGCCCAGCAGUCCUUCCUGAAAGCCCUGUUGGCAAAUCGAAGAGGAGAGCUGAAGCUCUUUGGUGCUGUGGAACCAAGUGCAUCUCAGAAAUUGUUGGACUUCUACAAAAGCUGAAGACAUUUUUUUUUUUAAACAAGUAAACUGAUACUAGAAGAGGCUGUUUCCGUCAAAUGAGAAGGAAUCUGUAACACUGGGGCGGGGGGUUGGGGAACGGGGGAAAUCAGUCCUUUUUACAUCUCUUUAUUUUCUGUUGUCAUGGAACAGUUUUGUGAGUGACAGUUUCCUAAGGGUCCGUCCAUCCACCCUCCAAUGGCAUCAUUGUUUCAUACAUAUCAUAUGCACAAGACUUAUAGUGAUGUCCUCACUCGAUGCCAAUGAUCUUUCCCCAGAAGACUUCCCAAGUACAGUAUGUAGUAGAUUUUGAUUACAGAUGCUGAUGUGUACCUUUAUUUUUCGGUUGUCAUUGUUGGGAGAUUCGUCCUUUUACCUUGCUUUGUUAACACCAAUAUGUGAGUUUGGGGUUGGAAUUUUUUUGGUCGAUUGGGGUGGUGUUUUUUUUUUUUUUUUCAACGAAAAGGAAAUGACAUUUCCAAGCAUCAUAUCAUUCAAGAACUUAAAUCCUUUCCUUGCGGAAGGAAAAAUUGCUUAUUGACAAUAUGCCAGGAGAAAAAGUUUUUUAUAUGCACAUUUCCUCAUGUUUGCUUCUUUGUUAUUUUGCAAUUCGUUCCGACCUGACAGGUGUUCCCAACUGUUGGGUUUCCUGUUGUCUGAUGAGACUAAAUGAUCACCUGCUCAA